CUCUUUCAUUCACCUAUAGUCUAAUUGCUAGUGGCAGUUGUUCAACAAAUGACUAGAAUUUACAAAUAUUUUCAAAAGUGUGUUGAUCGAUCAAAGAAUUUGUAUCGGGGUGGACGAGCAAUAUGCGAAGGAAGCGAGAUCCUUCACAAAAGUUAUUAAAGACGAGUUGGAAAAGGAAUAAAGGUUUACGUUCUCAGAGACAACUGUUGAAGAAAUGGGAACAAGACGACUUAAAAACUUGUUCAGAUUCCCAAGCUAUGCAACACUUAAUGUCACCAUAUGAUGAAGAGUCUUUGGAAGCUCCCUUGGAAAAGUUGCAGAAAUUGUUAUCCACAAACCCCAACUAUUCAUCAGUUUCUCAGUCAUUGAAUGAUAGUGAAGAGAAGAGAAAAUCCGUUUUGGCGCCUAAAGUGCAACUGGAAGAAAUUGAGUGUUCCAGAGAGUCAACAAAUAUGGCAUCUGCCAUGGAAAGAGAAAGACAACACUUUCAAAAACAUUUACCGGAUACAGACUUAGAUAGUGCUUCACUCUAUACUAGACAAAGACAGAAACUAGAUUCUUUCGAUGCCGUAGAUUGGUACAUUUCUAAAUAUAGUGAUAGAAGUAUCGUCAACAGUUUUCAACAAGGCGAACGCCUUUCUUUAUCAAGUUUAGGAUGGAAACAGAAGAUGAUUCAACGAGUUGUAUCUUUACGUGAACCAAUCCAUGGAAACCCUAAAGUCUGUACUCGAAUGGAAGAACGAUGGACAGGUUUAGUUUGUUCCCACUGGAUGGAUGGUAUAUUAGAAUUACCUGAUUAUUGUUUACAAUCCAAGUUAGUCAGACCAAUCUAUUUAGCACAUGCUAUCACGUAUAUAUUACGAUGUCGUCAACGAAUAAUACGCAACAACAAAAUACAACAAACCAUUGAACCAUCUUCUCUAUUAUCAUCAGAGAGACUUAAAGACCAAGGCUUUACUAGACCUCGAGUAUUGAUACUACUUCCUAUGAGAAAUGUUGCUUAUGAUGUAGUUUCUAUGUUGUUAGAGUUGUUGAAAGAUAGAUUUAUCAGGAACUAUGAACGCUUUCAAAGAGAAUUUUAUGAAGAGAGUCUAAAAGAAGAUAUUUCGAAACCUUUGGAUUACAUUCAAGUGUUUCAAGGAAAUACCGAUGAUGACUUUAGUAUGGGUAUUAGGAUGGGAGCUUCUAUAAAGUUGUUUAGUGAUUAUUAUCAUAGUGAUAUGAUUGUAGCUUCACCUUUGGGUUUAAAAAGACUCAUGGAAAGGGAAGAUUUGGAAAAGUCUCCUAAGCAUUCUGGUGCUGACUUGUUAUCCAAUAUUGAAAUAUGUAUUGUAGAACGUGCAGAUGUGAUGGAGAUGCAAAAUUGGGAACACUUACGUUGUGUCUUUGAGCGAAUGAAUCAUUUGCCUAAAGGAUUGCAUGGAACGGAUAUCUCUCGUGUUACUCAACGAGCAUUGGAAGCAAAGACAAAAUACUAUCGACAAACUAUUUUUAUAAGCAACUAUAUUUUUCAUCAUUUAUUAUCGCUAUUUAGAACUCAUUGUCAUAAUAUAGAAGGAAAAGCAAGAUAUAUUCCUCAUCAUUUAGGCAUUGUAUCUAACAAGGAUUGGAAAGAGAGAAUCAGCAUUCGUAUUCGUCAAACAUUUGAGAAACUUCCUCCAAGUAACAGUUUAAAGGAUUCCGUCGUAUGUAGACGUGAGUUUUUUAUAGAGAAAGUAUUAUCUCGUUAUUCAAUCCAUAGAAACCAAACAUUGAUAUUUAUUCCAAGUUAUUUUGACUAUAUACAGAUAAGGAAUAUAUUCUAUCAAAAACAAAAAUCAGGCGAAUUGUCAUUUGAGACUUUAUGUGAAUAUUCCAGUCAAAAACAUAUUGCUCAAGUGAAGAAAGAUAACAGCAAACAAUUUUAUUUGAUGACAGAAAGAUUCUAUUUCUAUUAUAGAGAAACUUUAUCCGGUAUUUCCAACUUGAUAUUUUAUCAAUUGCCUGAACAUGGACUAUUUUAUGAAGAAUUGGUUCGCAGUUUAGAAAAUGCACCAUUCAUACCCACCGUACUCAUCCUUUAUGACCAUUUGGAUGCUUUGUCUAUGGAAAGAAUUGUGGGUACGAAUGAAGCCAAUAAGAUAUUGAACAAGUCUCUUUAUAUUUUGGGAUAAGAAAAUCAACAAAUAAGAGUGACUUGUCAUCAUCAGCUUUAGGUUUCCAUAAUAUAUACAUUAUGGAAUAA